AUGGCACAAGCAAACGCUGAAAUCAUGGAGACGUUAUCCGCUAUGAUUGCAGAGGCCCUCAAAGUGUCUAUUGGAAAUGCCGUCGCGCAAGUGAAUACUAACCGACAAAAUGCGGUCGGGGAGGACGCCGGUCCACCACCAAAAAUUCCAUCUUUUACUAUAUCUGAAUAUCGUCCAUUAGAAGGAACUUCUGUUGCGGAUUACUUCAAUCGAUUCGAAUGGGCACUUCAACUAAGUCACAUCCCAGAACCGCAGUACGCAAACUAUGCAAGAGUUCAUAUGGGUGCUGAACUUAACAACGCUUUGAAGUUUCUGGUCAGCCCUCGCAACCCAGCAGAUAUAAAUUAUCGAGAUUUGCGUUCUACACUUAUUAGUCAUUUCGACCGCGUCAGAAACAAAUUCGUUGAAAGCAUUAAAUUCAGGCAAAUAGUUCAACAAAAGGGAGAAUCUGUCGCACAGUUUGGUCUACGUUUGAAGCAAGGAUCCGCAUACUGCGAAUAUGGAGAGUUUCUAGAUCGAAUGCUUAUUGAACAGCUGCUGCAUGGACUGGAAGCUCGAGAUAUGUGCGAUGAAAUUCUAGCAAAGAAACCCGAAACAUUCAAUGAUGCAUUCGAGAUAGCACACACUUUAGAAGCAACUCGGGAUACUGCACGGGAAGUCAACUCAGGAACAUUAACUGCUGAAGAAACUAAUAAGUUGGGCUACGAAAAUCUCAGAACCAGAAAGAAAGUUCAGAUCAAUCAACCAAAAGGUGAACAUUCGCGAAGCAAUACUCAUCAAAGCAGCAACUCAAGUCCUUGUGAUGGGUGUGGGGGCCAGCAUUUACGGAAUCAGUGUCGUUUUCGAGAUGUGAGAUGCCACAACUGUGAUAAAAAGGGUCAUAUUGCGAAAGUGUGUCGGUCGAAAGUGAAGAAUACAUCUGCGGACCAGGUACAGUCACAAGAGUCGCCAACCUCAGAAAUCGAUGUAGUGCAGUCGUUGAGCCAAGUCAACGACAUAUCGCUUAGUAAAAAGAUGAUAGACGUGAAAAUCGAUGGUCACCCUAUUCGGAUGGAAUUGGACACAGGAGCACCGUGUGGUAUUAUUGCCGAAUCUAUAUUACGCUCAUUCAAGCCCAAGUUCUCACUGCAGAAAGCAGAUAAACAGUUUUCAAGUUAUACCGGUCAUCACAUUACGUGUCUUGGUCGCAUGACUGUGAACGUUUCAGUUGGAUCAAAAACUCGCAGGCUCAAUUUAUACGUAGUUUCUGGAAACACCGACUCGCUAUUUGGUCGUGAAUGGAUACCUCACUUCGUUGAUCAGAUCAAUUUGAAUCGUAUCUUUUCACCAAUAUCAGUGAACUCUGUGACGGGCUAUACUACACAUGAAGCAACUCAGCUUUCCAGGGUGUUAGACAGCUUCGAAGAGAUUUUCAGUGAUGUGCCAGGAAAACUGAUUGGACCUCCGGCUAAAGUACAUCUAAAACCAGGAGUAUCACCAGUCUUUGCUAAAGCUCAUGAUGUGCCCUUCGCAUUGCGUAAUCGUUAUGCGGCAGAAAUAGAAAAAAAAAUCACGUCAGGAUUUUACGAAAAAGUCGAAUACUCCGAGUGGGCGUCGCCGACUCACAUAGUUGUGAAAAAAAAUGGGAAUCUUCGCAUUACUGGUAACUACAAACCAACUGUAAACCCAAGAACGAUCAUAGACGAACACCCUAUUCCAAAAGUCGAUACCAUAUUCAACAAAAUGAAGGGAGCUACUUUGUUCUGCCAUUUAGAUGUAACCGAUGCCUAUACACAUCUUCCAAUCGACGAAGAAUUUCGUCAUGUUUUGACACUAAACACCACAACGCAUGGGCUGAUUCGCCCUACAAGAGCAGUAUAUGGAGCCGCUAAUAUACCUGCUAUUUGGCAGCGACGCAUGGAAACAGUUUUAAAGGAUCUAGAUAAUGUGGUCAGUUUCUAUGAUGACAUCAUUGUAUUCGCAGAAAAUUUUCAAGCCCUUAUACAGGCUUUGACAACGACACUGAAUAGGAUGAAACAAAAUGGAUUACGACUCAAUCGUGCGAAAUGCGUGUUCGCUACAACGUCGUUAGAAUGUUUAGGCCACAAAAUAGAUCAUAACGGACUACACAAAUCAGACAAGCAUAUAGAAGUCAUUCGUGAUGCACCGUUACCGGCUACUCCAGAAGAACUGCAGCUAUUUCUUGGUAAGGCUACGUAUUACAGUGCGUUCAUUCCAAACUUAUCCACAAGAGCUCGAAGUUUGCGAGAUUUACUCAUGGCAGAAUCUUUCGAAUGGUCUACUGAAGCAAAACGAGCUUACAAAGAUUUAAAAGAAGCCCUUAUUUCGCCACAAGUUCUUAUGCAGUACGACCCAAGUUUACCCUUGGUACUAGCAACAGACGCUAGCAAAACCGGUUUAGGUGCAGUACUUUCACAUCGAUUAAGUAACAGUACAGAACGUCCAAUAGCAUAUGCCAGCACUACAUUGUCUAGCACAGAACAACGAUACCCCCAAAUUGAUAAAGAGGCACUCGCAAUCGUUUGGGCUGUUAAAAAAUUCUUCCAUUAUCUAUAUGCACGUAAGUUUACGCUUAUUACCGACCACAAGCCUCUAGCACAAAUAUUGCAUCCAGAAAAAUCCCUUCCAACGCUUUAUAUCAGCCGUAUGGCAAAUUACGCAGAUUAUCUGGUACAUUUCAACUACGAUGUCGUUUAUAAACCAACACAACAGAAUACUAACGCUGACUACUGUUCCCGACUACCAGUUAAAUCUUUGAAAUCCGCCGAAAAUAAUGAAUCUCCGCAUGAAGGCAAUGAGGACGCAUUCGAGGGAUUCACUUUAAAUGCCAUACAGCAAUUACCGGUAAGAGCAGAAUUAAUAGCACGCGAAACGAAAAAAGAUGCGUAUCUAGGAAAGCUGGUGCAGGAAUUAGAAUCUGGCCGGGAUCUUGCCCAGCAAGGACACAAAGCUCCAGAAUCAAAAUAUACUUUGGUUGCAAAUUGCUUACUAUUCGAACACAGAGUAGUAAUACCACCGGUCCUUCGACAAGCAAUUCUUAACGAUUUACAUGUUGCGCAUAUUGGAGUUGUUAAGAUGAAGGGGUUGGCUCGAUCCUUUGUUUACUGGCCAGGCAUCGAUUCAGACAUCGAACGAACAGCGAAAUCUUGCAGUAGUUGUGCUCGCACGGCACCUGCACCAAACAAGUUCAAUUCACAUCAUUGGGAGUAUCCAAAUGGACCUUGGGAGCGUAUACACAUCGACUACGCUGGUCCAGUUGCGGAUAAAAUGUUGCUAGUAAUCGUGGAUGCCUACAGCAAAUGGUUUGAAGUAAAAAUUACAACCUCGACAACAACAGCAGCUACAAUACACAUUCUAGAUGAACUUUUUGCUUCUUACGGAGUACCAAUAACAAUAGUAUCGGAUAAUGGUCCUCAAUUUACUGCAGCGGAAUUCAAACUUUUUCUCCAAAAAAAAGGAGUAAAAUAUCAUAAACUUUCAGCUCCAUAUCACCCCGCGACGAACGGCCAAGCUGAACGGUACGUGCAAACGGUGAAACAAGCAUUAAGAGCAAUGGGAACAGCACGAGAUACGCUGAACAGUGACAUAAACGAGUUUUUGCGACAGUACCGAAAAGCUCCACACUCCGAAACCGGAGAAUCUCCUGCGAAAUUGUUUCUAGGCCGAAACAUAAGAACACGACUGGAUCUUGUCAGACCGCAAACACCUAACACUACAGUUACGGAAAAACAACGCACCGCGUUCGAAUCGACGUUUCGUACUUUCAACCCGGGAAAACAAGUCUAUUUUCUAUCAGGAAACACUAGAAUGGACAAGUGGAUUCCAGGUAUCAUUACUAGCCGUGUGGGAGACCUGCACUAUGAAAUUGUUUAUAAUGGAAAAACAUUCAAACGUCACAUCGACCAAAUACGUGAUUUCCUCAGUAGCGAGUGCAAACCGCAGGGCACAAAACAACACGAAACAAACGAUACCAGUCAUAGAGGUGGGUCGCUGCGCCGAAGUCAUUACUAUGGGAACAUUAUGACGUCAGAGAAACUACCAACCGUUUUGAGCUCCGAUUUGUCCGAUUCGGAGCAGCAUAUACUUGAACACUGGAGAGGAGCAACUACGACGCCGCUGGUGGAUCACAACAAAUGUGAGAAGCUCCUGCGAAGCCAGUUGGCAGUGUGGAACAACGGCAGCUGUGAUGAUGGCGAUGAUAGAGACGAUCAUGACUGCGAUGAUGGUUCCAGCGGCAAGGAAACGGUAAAGAUUUUCUGUUAG